AUGCUCCGCCGCGGAUCCGGCCUCUUCGCUCGGCGGACGACGAGCGGCGCGCGAUCCGUCGUCUCCAGCGGGGCGGUCGCGACCGAGGAGAAGAUCGACAUCAAGGUGCCCCCGCAGGACGGCACCGUCCGCGUGCGCUUCGCGCCGUCGCCGACCGGGAACCUCCACGUCGGCGGCGCGCGCACGGCGCUGUUCAACUGGCUCUACGCGCGCAACCUCGGCGGGAAGCUCAUCUUGCGCGUGGAGGACACCGAUCAGGCGCGGUCGACGAGAGAGUCCGAGGACGCGAUGGUCCGAGACCUGAAGUGGCUCGGCCUCGACUGGGACGAAGGGCCGGACUGCGGCGGGCCCUACGGCCCGUACCGCCAGUCCGAGAGGCAGGCGAUCUACAAGCAGCUCGCGAUGCAGCUCGUGGAGGAGGGACACGCGUACCCGUGCUUCUGCACGGAUAAAGAGCUGACGAUGAUGAAAGAGGAGCAAGAGGCGAAGAAGCUUCCGCCGAAGUACACGGGGAAGUGGGCGACCGCGAGCGAGGAGGAGGUGGACGCGGAGAUGGCGAAGGGGACGCCGUUCGUGUACAGGUUCAGGGUCCCCGAGGGCGAACGCAUCGAGAUCGACGACAUGAUCCGCGGGAAGGUUGGAUGGGACACGGACACGCUCGGUGACUUUGUGCUUCUUCGCUCGAACGGUUUGCCGGUGUACAACUUCUGCGUCGCGGUCGACGACGCGACGAUGGGGAUCACGCACGUUCUGCGCGCGGAGGAGCACCUUCCGAACACGCUGAGGCAAGCGCUCGUGUACGACGCCCUCAAGUUCCCGCGGCCCAAGUUUGGGCACAUGUCCCUGAUCCUCGCGCCGGAUCGCUCGAAGCUCUCCAAGCGUCACGGCGCGACGUCCGUGGGGCAGUUCAAAGACCAGGGGUACCUGAACAAGACGAUGAUCAACUACCUGUCCCUCCUCGGGUGGAACGACGGCACGGAGCAGGAGAUUUACGAGACCGAGGAGCUCGUGAAGGUGUUCAGCACGGAUCGGAUCAACAAGUCGCCGGCGGUGUUCGACGUCGUGAAGCUGAACUGGAUGAACGGCCAGCACAUUCGCUUGCUUCCGGAGGAGGAGCAAGUCGCCAUGAUCGGCGCCGUCCUCGUGAACGAGGGCCUCGCCGCGAGCGCGGACAGCGAUUUCGUGAAGAAAGCGGUGAAGCUGUGCGCCAACGGGAUCGAACUCGUGGAAGACGCGGCGAAGGAGGUGAGGGACAUCCUCGCGUACGACCUCGCCGGGAACGUCUCGGACGAGAAGAUGAAGAAAGUUCUCGAGGACGACUUUGGGGAGAUCGCGGACGCGGUGAUCGCCGGGUUCGAGUCCGGGGAGCUCGCGGCCGCGAUCGAGGCGAACGACUUCAAGAAGUUUGUCAACGGGAUCGGGAAGACGCUCGACCGCAAGGGGAAGCGUCUGUUCAUGCCGGUGAGGAUCGCGCUCACGGGGCGGAUGCAAGGGCCGGACGUCGGCGAGGUGCUCGACCUUCUGUCGUCCGAGGGGGUGCCGGACAGCGCGGUCGGGUUAGAGGCGAGGGUCGCGGCGCUCAAGGCGGAGUCCGCGGCGUGGGCGAAGUGA